GAGCAUAACUCUUCAUUCUUCCAGAAUUGUGUGUGUGUGAGAUUCCCAGUUCGUGUUUGGGGCCUCCUCUUGUAUUUCUUCAUGCCGAUCAAAAGGCUUUAUUAACAGACAGUGAAUCUCCGCUUCUCUGUCCCAUUUUAAAGUACAGCACCAUUUGCUGCUUCCUUGUACGCGGUUCAGAAGGAAUAUUUUGAAUUGCAAACAUUGUCGUUUCUAUGGUCCCUUGACUGAAUGAAAAUGCUGGCUUUACAUUUGUCGUACCCUCGCUGAGAAAUCUGCAACAGAAGCACCUUUACCUCCCAAACUCUCUCUUCUUCUUCUAUUUUUUUCUGACUUCAGGCUGCGCAAUGGGACGCACUAUUAUCAAAUUCGCUGGCCAAAAAGAGGAGUCCGAAGGCAAAGACACUCUAGUGGCGAACUCGAAGUCGGUUACUACAGAGGAGGAAGCACUUCGGCGCGUGCGCUACGAAAGUGCGGAGAUUGUGGAUGGCACAUUCCUAAAAAAAUAUUUUCUGGAAGCUUGUUCCCAUUUAAGCCCGUCAGAUGCCGGAUAUUGCGCCACCAUGUACAGCUCGCUUCAAGGAGACACGACAGGACUUCACACCUCGAGCCUUGUCUACGAAGAUUGGAAGAGCUAA